GCAAACAGGCAUGAUGAUAGCGCCUCUGAAAUGAAUGGACUCAAAAUAUAUCUGCAUUGAAACUCUUGUUGUCGAAACGUCGUCAUGUUGUAACCAAAUAAACGCUGUCUAUCAACAAUGGAGUUUGACCUUUUAGACUCUUUAGAGGAGCUCGGCUAUGACGGCCCCCUCAUGGAGGAGAAGGCGCUGCUCGAAGCUGCACAGGCAGGCCUGUCCUCUCAGGAGUAUGUGGACCUGUGCAGGUGGCUGUCAUCCAGGUUAAAGCUGCUCUGUGAUGUGGAGGAGAGCAUCACUUCUGAUCCAGAUGACCUGGAAAGCCUCCAGGUGGAGAUGAGCGGUCUGCUGAGGGAGCUGCACUGUCCCCAUGAAGAAGUCAUCUCAGGAAUUCUUAAGGGCAGCACUCGAGAUACAAAAGAUCACCUAAAGAUCGUCUUGUUUCUAAGCUCAGAGCUUCAGGCGGCUCAUAUCGUGAGGAGCAGACACGUUUCUGAUAAACAGCAAGACGAGAGGCCGGAGUUCCAGGAGCUCCUGAAAAUCUGUCAAACACUGAACCUCCCAGAGCCCCGAGACCAGGAUGCAGCAGGCGUCUUCUCCCAAAUACAAGACAAGGUUAAAAAGGUACUUGAAGAUCUCCCAGAUGGUUCCAUUGGAAACCCGGUGCUGAAGAAAUCUCUCAGCAGUGAGCAGUGGGAGAAGUUGCACAACAUAAACACAGCUCUGUCGUCGGAGUACGAGUGUCGGCGCAGGAUGCUCAUCAAGCGUCUGGACGUCACAAUUCAAUCCUUCGGGUGGUCAGACAGAGCUAAGGCAAAAGUGGACAGCAUGGCGGGGGCCUACCAGCCCAGGAGACACUCUCUGAGGCCACAGUCGAUGGUGGACACGGCCGAGCUGCUUGCCGCCAGAGAAGACCUCUGCAACGUGGUGAAGACCAGCAGCGGCUCCAGCAGAGAGAAGACAACGUGUGCCGUCAACAAGAUCCUCAUGGGGAGAGUGCCAGACCGAGGAGGACGUCCCUCAGAGAUUGCAGCCCCGCCUCCAGAGAUGCCACCCUGGCAGAAAAGACAAGAUGGAGGAGGGGGUGGCUGGGGAGGCCGUGGUGGUGGACGAGGUGGUGGUGGAAGAGGAGGAGGAGGUGGAGGUGGUGGUUGGAGAGGAGGCGGAUGGAACCAAGGAGGACACAGUGGACAUGGAGGAAAAAGAGGACGGUACCAGUAUUAAUAUCCACUGAUAUUUUCUUGUUUCUACAUGAACUCGAUUUAUUUCGUCAGUAGGGGAAGAGAACACAUUUUUAAAAGUCAGAUGUCAGACAGGCAGCAUCUCACUUGGAUGAUUAAUAAAUGCUCCUAUUUUUACUUUUGGUAUAGUACUGUUGUGUUUUUGUAUUCAGUGUUUUUUAAUUGAAACUAGCAGUAAUGAUGUCUUUACAAAUCCAAAAAUACGUUUGAUAUCCACAUUGUGUCAUAAUGGUGCAUCUUAAACCAUGUGUUUAGGUUAGGACUGCAACUAACAGAUAUUUGUAUUAUUAAUUAAUCUAUUCUUUAGAUGAAUCAAUUAGCUGCUGGGUUUCUAAAAUCCUAAAAUGCAAACUCAAAUGUGUGUUUUUUUGUCUUGAUCAACAGUCCACAACCUAAAGUUGACUGUCAUAGCAGAUUAAAGAAAGGUUGACGUGUAAGAAGCAAAAACAAAAGUAAACCAAUUAUAAUAUCUUUCAUAAAAUGCAAGUCAUCUAGUCUAAAUGUUUUGCAUGUUACACAGAUGACAGUGUUAAAGGGAUUUAAUGUUGGCAUCUGAUCUGGUUAUUAGUGUCUGUGUGACGACUGAAACUGCUGCUACCUGUCAGAGAACAAACUGAGGAUACUAAGACAUCAGUGUAACACAAGUGGAGGACCACUUGUGUCCUCCACUGCAAACAAACUAAUCCAUAUGAAGGAUGAUAGAUUACACUUUUUAAACAUUUUACAGGUUUCCUUUACAUUUCAGAACGCAGAUUCUGUACCAGCUGUUAUCGUGAUCAUUUUUCACCUCUGAAUUUAUUUAAUAAAGA